GUCAAAGCAAUCGCAGUCGGUGAGAAAACUCUUUACGAAAAGUGCAAUCCCAGGCCGACGACGAAAAGGCACACUUUUUCACAUCGUUUCCCCGUCGCGUGCAAAAGCAUCCACACCAAUGGCGUCGCUGUGCGGAAGAAUUGUGCUGGCUGCGGCCAAGCGAAACGUGACCUACACGCCCGUUCGAUUUUGCAAAAUGAUGAACGACCCGAUCGAGCAUGCCACCGGUAUCGAGAAGCGUGAGCUGCUGGCGAAGCAGGCAGGCAACCCAGAUCCGUUCGAUAUGCGUGUGUUCAAGCGCGGACCGGGCACCAAGGAUAGCCCGAACCUGAUUCCAUCGGCAUUCGAUGCUCGUCUAGUCGGCUGUGUUUGCGAGGAAGACCAGACCUAUGUCCAGUGGAUGUGGCUGCACCAGGGCCAGCCGAAGCGUUGCGAAUGCGGACACUGGUUCAAACUGGUCGAGAAGGCUCCAGUCUAAACGGUGGCAUAUCAUCCCACACCUGCCACCCUGCUGUAGAAAUGAAAAGCAAACUAAAUAAUAUUUAAAACCCCUGGAGAGCAUUACCCUUCGCGAAAUAAAGAGAAAUCCAGACCGUUGAAAAAAAAAAACAAAACAAAUCCAACUACAAUA